AUGGCCAGCUCACCGCCUUCUUCGCCCUCUCCGGCACGCCCAAUGAGCGGAGUCUUCCAGGCAGCCCGGAGCCAGAGCCGGAUGAGUUACAGCAGCAAACAGGGUGGAGGCAGCAGAAAUUCAGACGAGGAUGGGAGACCAGCCGUCUCGGUCAAAGUCGCUGUACGAAUCCGUCCACCGCUGCGACCGAAUGAUCCAGGCUUCGAACUCAUCCCUCAGCGCUUCCAGAGAUCCAUGGUUCACGACACCUCACCGAGCAGCCUAGCCAUCGAGUCACCACAUGGGCAAAAACUCUUCCUGUUCGAUAGGGUAUUCGGAGAGGAUGUCUAUCAAGAGGGCGUUUGGCAAUACGUGAAUGAAAGCGUCGAGGCCUUCGUGCAGGGUUACAACGUGUCUGUCCUUGCCUACGGACAGUCCGGUUCCGGAAAGUCUUACACGAUGGGGACAUCUGGCCCUGCUGAGCAGAGUGAUCCUCGACUCAUGGGUGUGAUUCCCCGAGCCGCCAGCGCGCUGUUCGAAAAGCUUGCAGGGCCACCGACACUGCGAAGAAGCGGAUCUUCUGGUCUUCGCACACCUACCCGCUAUUCAAUGCACUCGACCGUGGGGCUGGCAGCAAUGGCAAAGGCUCAGGCACAGGCAAGCGAAGACAAGAACUGGCAGAUGAAAGCUACAUAUGUUGAGAUAUACAACGAGCAACUGCGAGACCUGCUAGUACCAGAAUCCGUACCUCUGGCCGAACGGACGACUGUGGCGAUCCGGGAGGACGUAAAAGGUCGCAUUCUCCUGACCGGGCUCCGUCAGGUCAACAUAAAGUCCAUCGAAGAUCUCCUGGCAGCUCUAAAUCUGGGAUCUUCGAUUCGGCAGACGGACUCGACCGCUCUCAACGCCAAAUCAUCUCGCUCCCAUGCAGUGUUUAGCAUUAAUCUUGUUCAGCGAAAGAACAAGGCGCACACCCCCAAAAAAGACAAGAGGCUCUCCAUGCCAAUAGAAGCCAUGACAGGGGCGGAAGAUUGGGUUACGAUUGACAGCAAGCUACAUUUCGUCGAUCUGGCCGGGAGUGAAAGAUUGAAGAACACCGGUGCUUCAGGAGACCGUGCAAGAGAAGGGAUUUCCAUUAACGCAGGUCUUGCAAGUUUGGGAAAAGUGAUUUCUCAGCUUUCAACCCGACACUCUGGCACCCAUAUAUCAUACCGCGACUCCAAGCUUACCCGAGUACUGCAGGAUUCUCUUGGUGGUAACGCAAUUACAUACUUGAUCGCCUGCGUGACACCAGCGGAAUUCCACUUGAGCGAAACCUUAAACACCGUGCACUACGCACAACGGGCCAGGAACAUCCAAAGCAAACCCCAGAUUCAGCAAACCUCGGACGAGAGCGAAAAACAAGCUGUCAUUGACCGUCUCAGAGCAGAGGUCUCAUUCCUUCGUGAUCAAAUCAGUCAUUCUGACCGUCGGAUGAGUGCGCCUCAUGAGCGAGCCGAGCGGCAGAAUGAGAGGGAGUUAGAUCUCGAGAACCAUCUUCUCGACGUCCAGGAGAAUUACACUGCCCUCAGCCAUCGACAUGCGAAGCUCAUCUCGGAGAUCACCAAAGCAAGGGACAACGAAUCUGGAGAGACGCCGACGCUCACAGAAGCAAUUGGAGACUCCGCGGUCGAGAGACUGAAGCGCUCAAAUUCAUUCGCAGAGGCAGUGGAGCAAGUUGUAAUUGAAUAUGAGAAGACUAUCCAAAGCUUGGAGACGUCGCUUUCGAACACCAGAUCUUCCUUGGCCACCACGGAGAGUACCUUGCUCGAGAAAGAAAACAAGUGCGCCUAUGUUGAAAGUGUGAACCAGCAACUUCAGACUCGACUGCACAAGCUGAUGGAGCGGGAUGCUAACAAUGAGCAAUACCUGCACAACCUAGAGGCUAAGCUCGACGGUCAAAGCUCCGGUGACGAAAAGUCUGCAGCACUUGUGAUGGAAUUGCGUAAAGAAAUUGCCCGGAUCCGUGAAAACGAGUCUCAAUGUGAGGAUUACAUAGCUACCUUGGAGGAGCGGCUCGCCGAGGCGGACCAAGACAUGGAGCUCAAGCAGCGUGAGUUGGAUCGACUUGAACAUGUCAUUGAACGCCAGAGGAGCCUUGGGAAGCUAGAUAACCUGCUGUACGAGUUUGAUCAUCUUCACACUAACGGUAACUCGAAUGAAAAUCAGGCUCCAAGCAAACCUCUGACCAACGGCGUGGCAAAGUCAGCCGCAAUGUUCACUCUUCAAGAAGCGGCAAACAUCGCAAUCCCAGAAUCAGACGACGAGGAGGAGACUGGGUUCUCCCUGAGGAAGCAAAGCUCGCAGCUACCAAAUGGAUUUCAGGCAACCCGGACCGUUAGCACGGCAAGAGCCAGUCCCGCUUCUCAUUUAGAUACGGAGCACCAAGGUCUUGCGCAAGCCAGGUCCAACGUCGUAGCAGACAAGCUCCAAGAUGUCACCCAAGAGCUCUUCGAUCUUCGGAUUCAGCAUGAGUCAACCGUGAGCGACUUCGAGAUGAUAUCUGCAAAGUACGAUGAAGCAUUACGUACACUCGCAGAAAUGCAAGAUGCCGUCGAUGAAGCUCGUCACCCGGCUGCAGCAGAAUCUGUCGCAUCCCCAAUAUCUACACGACCGACAUCUUUUUUAGGAGACGCGAGGGUGAAUGGGCUAAAAGAUGGGGGACAACUACCAUCCUCGCGGUCACUGUCAUCGGAAUUGUCCUUAGCUGGGGAUUCAAGCACUUCCGUGGAGCCGUCAGCGGACGGCAGUCCCCUCAGGAAGAUUACUCCUGGGGGUUGGAGCCGAAUCUCACCUCGUGAAGAGUCUUUGAUGCAAGAAGUGGACGAAUUGAAGAGGGCCCACGUUGAGAAAGAUGAAGGCUUAAAAACCUUGCACGGCAGAUACUCCGAAUUGCAAGAGCUACAUGUCGAAACGCUGGACGUCGUUGAAGAACUCAAGGCAGAAGUUCAGAAAGCAAAGAUGAACAACCCACAAUCGCCGACCUCGUCUGUGAUUAGGCGAAAAUCCAGCCAAAACGUCAUGACGAUAGACCGUGCUCACCGUUCGUUCGCAUCGCUCAGAAACAUCGCCGCUGACAACCUUGACGACAAGCCUGAUACGAUGCAGAGCUUUGAGAUCAAUCUUAAUACAGCAAUGCAUGAGCUCCAUCAACGGUCAGAACGGGUACAGCUUCUCGAAGCCGAGCUAGCAACUCUGAAAAGGGAAAUGGAUGCAAAGGCGACGAUGAUAUCUGGCCUCACACGAGAGCGCACUAGCAUGAAGACAUCGUCACCCAUCGACAUGUCCGUUGUAUCUACCUUACACGAACAGUUGUUGCAGAACGAUACUCAGAUGAGGAUGCUGCAGGAAAGACAUUCGAAUCGAGAGCAGGACUUGGUCGGCGAAAUCGAGUCACUAACGAGGUCCUUGGAACACGCCGAAUCGGCCAAAUCAGCCAUGCCAGGAUAUUUCCCCGAGACUCCAGCUACGACUAUCGAGUCGAAUGACAAGCAGCUUGGCCACAACAUGCAGCCACCGCAAGACGUCGCGAGACUGCAGGACGAGGUCUCCCAGUGGCAGCAGAAGCACAGAACAGCCGUCGACUCUAUGCAAGCUUCCGAGAAGAGGCUGAUAUCCACUAUCACCGACCUGGAAAGCACCUUGGCCAGUGUCGAGACGAUGCGUAAACAAGCUGAGGAGAAGGCUCGGGAGUCCGAAUCUAUCUCGGCUCAUGCGGCAGAUGAGAAGACUGACCAUGUCCAAAUUAUCAACACUUUGAUCAAAGAGAUUGACGGGCAAAAGGCAACCAUUGAUUCACACGUGGAUAGAAUUGCAAGACUCGAGGAACUACAAGCAACAGCUCGUGAGCAGGUUGACACGGCAGCACGCUUCAGAAGCGACAACGAAAAGGAACUUGACUCGCAUCGUCAACAUAUUUCGAUGCUCGAGCGGCAGGUCGAAGAGCAUCAGUCCACUGUUGAAUUUCACAAGCAUGGUCUGAAAUCUUUGCAUGACUCACAUUCGCGCGAAUUGGAUGGUUUGCGCUCAAACAUCGGGGAGCAUGCCGCAGUAAAAGCAGAGUUGGACCGUAAUUUCCAAGAAAUGCAGGGUGUAUAUACGGCCCAAGUUACCCGGCUCGAGACAGAAGUUAUCGACCUGAGGACUCAGCUAGAAAAGGCUAAUAGCAACCUUGCAGACGAGCUUCGGCUGUCAAAAGCAAAGUGUGAUGAGAUGGACCGACAGCGUAAUCAGCUCCAGAAAGAGAUCCAGACUCUCAAAUCUGAGAUCGCAGCAGCCGGGAAGUCGAACGAAACCAACAUCGCCGAGCUGGAAACGUUCAAAUCCAGGAACGAGAGAUUGGAAAUCAUCAACGAUGAAUUAGAAGAGCAGAUCAAAAACGCCUUCGACCAACAGCAAGCCAGUACCAGUAGGCUGUCUAUGUUGACCAACAACCAACCUCAGAUCAGCAUUCUCGAGAAGCAAUUGGAAGCCUCCCAGAUCCAAGUGGAGCAGCUACAGACACAAAUGCGGGAACUCCACCAGCAAAUGCUCGAACGCUCCCUCUCAAACUCCAACAUCCGCAAGAGUGGCUCCGUCGCCACCCUUCCGUCACCCCCACCGGCCAUCCCGCUUCCCCCACUACCCAACUCCGUCACUUCCCCCACAUCCGCCACCUUCUCCCACCACUCGCCCAGCACUCAGACCGCCGACCUAAUCUCCCAACACAAUGUCCACCUGGAAGAAAAAGACGCCCAUAUCAAACAAAUGGAAAAGCAUCUCUUUGCCGAAAAACAACUCACGGCCACCCUCGAAGAAGCCCUUGUCGAUCUCGAGUUCCAAACGAAUAAGAGCAAGCUUGACAUGGAAGCUUGGAAGAAGAAGACGUGGGCGUUGGAGGAUGAGAACAAAGACCUGAAGAAGGAGAGGAGUGGGGCGCGCUAUAGCGUCCAGGCGGUGGAGGAGGAGAGGGACAAGAGGAAGGAGGCGGAGAGGGCGAGGGAGAAGUUGGAGGAGAGAAUGAGGGCUGUGGAGGGAAAGAGGAAGAAGAAGGGAGGGGGGUUCAAUUGCUUCUAG